CCGCUGCCCCGUGCCGGGCCCGGCCGAGUCCGAGUGGCCAGCAUCGACCCCCACCCCCCAGUUGCCGCCCGCGGUGGCGACCGGCUUCCGAGUCUAGGGCCCUGAGCCCACCCGACUUCACCGAUCAGUUAAAAUUACAAGGCAACAAUGACGUCCAAGAAGACAACUUGGAUCGCCAAAAAUGGAUUAAAAGUGGUGCUGGAAGAAAUGGACACCGGUGCCCGAAGAAAACAGUGGAAUGAUAACAUGUACACACCUGUAUCUAGUCCAACUGAUAGCUUAGAAGAGGUGGCCUCCUCUAGUUCUGGCAGAAAACCCGAGAAGGCCAAGAAAAACGAAGGCCAUCUUACUCUACCUAAUAGAAAAUGUCAGGAAGAAACUAGUCUCAAGGUGAAGGACUUAUUCUACCAGAAUGUCAAAGAACCCAAUAUACGAGACUACAAGAUGAACAUCUUGAAUAAUGGAGCAGGUCCGAGUUCCCUGUCACCUGGAUCGCCUCAGCCCCCCAACGAACCGGGAUUAACUCAGGCCCAGGUCAGACUUGUACCGACUCAGGCCCAGGUCCCGCCUGGAUUGCCUCCAGCCCAGGAGAGCAGCGACUUCAGGACCCUCAACAACAUCCUUAGAGCUCGAAUUCGAGCUCGGUCCGCCUAUAAGAUUGAGGGAAUAUCAGCUUGUCCUGAUCUUGUAAAAGCUCCUACACCAAAAGUCCAUGUGAAUGUUCUGAAUAAAGAACUGGAAGAGCUGAAUUUGAAGUGCCAGAAGAUUGAAUCCGAUUUUGAAAUGACUGAGAAGGAACUUGUCACCUCCCGCCAGGUUUCAUCAGAGGAAUUUGAGGACAGUACUACCUUCGGAGAAUCAAAGAAAGACAUCAAAAUUGAGAUCCUUAAAAACGAACUUUGUGAAAAAUCCUUAACCAUCAAAAACCUGACAUUCGCACUCCAGCACUCAGAACAUCUGAUUGAAAAGCUCACUUUGGACAACAGGAGGCUGAAGGACUCCAUCCGGAAGUUAAAGCACCAGAAUUACAUCGGAAGUACUCUUCUCAAAGAGGAACUACAGUUCUAUUACAAAAUGGAAAUGAAGAAGAUCCAGGAAGAGCUAAAUACCCUCAAGGCCGACCUGGAAGCCGAGCGAGCCAUCCAGAGAAGAAACAAGAGAGCAUUGGAACUCCUGAGAAAAUACUUUGAAACGAAAAAUUCCGUUGGCAUUAUUCACAUUUUGCCAGCGGAUAACUCUCCUUAAAUCUUGAGAGAAGCCCUGCCAAAGGCUUCCAGGAGCCUUGAGCCAAAUCAACAUUCUUGUGGCUUUUUUUUGUCUCCUACUUUAAAUGAAUGAGAUGAAAUGUUCACUUUGGUGACUCCAACAAUGUGUGUCAUGUCAACAUGAGAAAUCCACCAAUUGUCCCCUUUAAAUGAAGUGACUAACGGUAACAAUGCAAACACAAAUGAAAUUUCAUGAACUCUUGUUUAUGUUUCACUAAGACAGCAAGUCACCAGUUUAU